CGCUAACUAGUCCCUGGCCCCAUGGCCUCCUCCGCGGUGACCGCCGGGCGACAGGCCGAGGAUGCGUUACCACCUUCGUCAGAGCCGCAACUGCCCGAGACCAAACCGCUGCCGCCUCCUCAGCCGCCGCCGCCGGUCGCUGCGCCUCAACCGCAGCAGUCGCCGGCGCCGCGGCCCCAGUCGCCCGCCCGCGUGAGGGAGGAGGAGAACUACUCCUUUUUACCUUUGGUUCACAACAUCAUCAAAUGCAUGGACAAGGACAGCCCAGAGGUCCACCAGGACCUGAACGCCCUCAAAACCAAGUUCCAGGAGAUGCGAAAACUCAUCAGCACCAUGCCUGGCAUCCACCUGAGCCCUGAGCAGCAGCAGCAGCAGCUGCACAGCCUCCGGGAGCAAGUCAGGACCAAGAACGAGCUCCUGCAGAAGUACAAGAGCCUCUGCAUGUUUGAAAUCCCUAAGGAGUAGAGUGAGGCUGGCUUCCAGGACUGCUGGGAAGGCAGGGGCAUGGCUGUCUCCCCGCUGGCCCUGCCCUCUCCUUGGAGUGCGGUUCCUCCAGAUCUCUCUCUGAGCGUCAUGGCCGACUGGGGGGUGCUGCUGUGCUGCCUCGUUAACACAGAUUGUGUGGGGAGCCAGCGCCAAGCUUGGCUCCGCCAGGCUUCCUUGUAUAUGUCCAUAUGUCUGGAUGCAUAAUAACUCGAGUGCCUGCUUGGAUGUCAGAACGUUCUGGAGGCUGGGGAGGGGGAGGAGGACUCUGCUCUGCCUCUGGGGAGGGGGCCAUCUGCUGUGUGUCCGGACCACACCAGCAGAUCUGAAGAGCACAGUCGGAAAGGAGGCGGCCUCUCUCUGCUUGCUUCCCUCUCCUCCCACCCCCACGACAAUCAGUGCGUACCAGGUACAUAUUGUUCCUGUUAACAGCAGUUUCAUGAAACAUUUGCAUGGACGAAUUAAGCCUGUGCUCAUAUGGCGUGGAUUUAAAUGGUAAAAGGCUGUGAGAGAAUGAACAUUGUCUUGAAAGGCCGGAGGGUGACUUUUUCUCUUGAAACAGUUUGAUUCCUUUUUUGUCUGAGCCAGUGAGUGGCACUGUAUCUGUGAGGGCGUCAGCGCCAGCCCUGCCAGACAGCCCUUGUCUUCAGGUUCCCUGCCUCCUACACACUUUCCUCACCAUUGCCUUCCCCUGUCACCAUGGGCCAGUGCCUGAGAGUGGCCAGCUACCUCCCGCCACAGGUCUCCCCAGGGUGGUAAGGCACCCUACUUUCUACACAGGCUCAGACCAACUUUGGGCAAACAGAUAGUUCCUCUCUGGCAUUUCAGAUUCACAUCUCCCUGGAUUAAAAAGUGUUUUCCCCUCUGA